GUCCGUGUGAGGGCACAGGCGAGUGACUGACAGCAUGACGUGCUGUAGCAUGUUACCACAGCAGUGACUUGACUGAACACAGCCUCAAGACCCAACCAAAGAUCACGCCACGCCUACAGCGCACUCUCUACACACUACCGGGUCCCAGAAGUCGAGCAUACUUCUCUUUCUUCUUCCUUGAGGUGCUUUCUGUUCCCCAGGGUUUGGUCUGUCUUUUAUUUUUUUUGUGUCUAGCGAGUUCAAGCAGGGAUGGCGGAGCUGGAAGGUCUGGAGUUUGGGAAGUCAGACUUUGUGCUCCUGGACGAGGUCACGAUGGAGCAGUUUAUGGAAAAUCUGAAGCUGAGGUUUGAGAAGGGCCGAAUCUACACCUACAUCGGAGAAGUGGUCGUCUCCGUUAACCCAUACAGACAGAUGGACAUUUACGGCAAAGAUAACAUUGAAGCGUACCGAGGCCGUGAGCUGUAUGAAAACCCUCCUCACCUGUAUGCAGUGUCUGAUGCUGCCUAUAAAGCCAUGAAGAGACGGGCCAAAGACACCUGCAUCGUCAUAUCAGGUGAAAGUGGGGCCGGCAAAACAGAAGCCAGUAAAUACAUCAUGCAGUACAUUGCAGCAAUCACAAACCCAAGCCAGAGGGCAGAGGUCGAGAGUGUGAAGAAUGUGCUGCUGAAGUCCAACUGCGUGUUGGAGGCCUUUGGGAACGCCAAGACAAAUCGCAACGACAACUCCAGCCGCUUCGGCAAGUACAUGGACAUCAACUUCAACUUCAACGGCGAUCCCACCGGAGGACACAUCAACAACUACCUGCUGGAGAAGUCCAGGGUGGUGCAACAGCAAGGAGGUGAGAGGAACUUCCACUCGUUCUAUCAGCUGCUGCGUGGAGGCUCUGAUGAAAUGCUGCAGUCGUUUCACCUGCAGAAUGAUCCUGCUGUUUAUGUUUAUACCAAAGAGGGAGCGGAAACUGCUACCUCCAACAAUGAUCGCUCGAGCCACAAAGCCGUGUUGAGCGCACUGGAAGUUAUUGGCUUCUCAAAAGAGGAGAUCAACUCAGUUUAUCAGAUCCUCGCCACCAUUCUGCUUUUGGGCAAUAUGCAAUUUGAGAGCGAUGGUGAGAGCGUUAAUAUUGUGGGACAAGAAGUUGUGAAUCACAUCUCAGAACUGACGGCCACAGAACCGGACAGCGUCAAUAAGAGCCUCCUGUACCGCACGGUGGCCACUGGAGGAGGCGAGGUCAUUGAGAAGGGGCACACAGAGCAGGAUGCCUGCUUUGGACGGGAUGCUUUUGCCAAGGCUCUCUAUGAAAGGCUUUUCGGCUGGAUCGUCAGCCGCAUCAACAGCAUCAUUGAGGUGAAAGACUACGACCCAGUGCUGCAUGGGAAAAACACUGUAAUUGGUGUGCUGGAUAUCUAUGGCUUUGAGAUCUUUGACAACAACAGCUUUGAGCAGUUCUGCAUCAAUUACUGCAACGAGAAGCUGCAGCAGCUUUUCAUCGAGCUGAUCCUCAGACAGGAACAAGACGAAUAUCAGAGAGAAGGCAUCACCUGGCAACAUAUCGAAUACUUCAACAACCAGAUCAUUGUCGACCUGGUGGAGCAGGCCCACAAAGGCAUCAUCUCCAUUCUGGAUGAGGCUUGCCUCACUGUUGGAAAAGUCACUGACACAGUCUGCUUGGACAGCAUGGACACCAAACUGGCACAGCACCCCCACUACACCUCCCGCAAGCUCAGCCCCACUGACAAAAGCAUGGACUUUCAGAAACACUUCCGUAUUCGCCACUAUGCCGGAGACGUCACAUAUUCCGUUGAGGGCUUUUUGGACAAGAACAAGGACCUGCUUUUCCAAGACUUCAAGCGCCUUAUGUACAACAGUGCCAACCCAGUCCUAAAGGAGAUGUGGCCAGAUGGACAUCUGAGCAUCACAGAGGUCACCAAGCGGCCUUUGACUGCUGCCACCCUGUUCAAGAACUCCAUUGUGGCUUUGGUUGAUAAACUGGCGUGCAAGGAGCCAUACUAUGUGCGAUGUAUAAAGCCCAACGAAAUGAAGUCACCGGUGUUGUUUGAUGACGCCCGCUGCCAGCACCAGGUGGCCUACCUCGGCCUGCUGGAGAACGUGAGGGUACGCAGGGCGGGCUUUGCCUACAGGCAGCUCUAUGCUCGCUUCCUGCAGAGGUAUAAAAUGACGUGCGAGUACACCUGGCCAAACCACCUGAUGGCGUCAGACAGGGAAGCUGUCGAGGCCAUCGUCAUCCAGCAUGGUUUCCAGGACGACGUAGCAUACGGCCAAACAAAGCUGUUUGUGAGAACGCCGCGGUCUCUCUUCACACUGGAGCAGGAGAGAAACAACCUCAUCCCCAUCCUGGUGACUUUCCUGCAGAAGGUGUGGCGCGGGACUCUAGCUCGUGCAAGGUGCCGGCGGAUGAGGGCCAUCUACGCCAUCAUGGGCUGCUAUAAGCGCUACAAGGUCAAGGCGCACUUCUGGGAGGUGGAGCGGAGGUUUGCUAAUGUGCGAACUAUGGCCGACUAUGGGAAGAGCUUGGAGUGGCCGACGCCGCCUGCAGCACUGUCGCAGUUUCACAGCAUCACAGUCAUGCUGCAUCGCAGGUGGUGGGCGAGGCAGAUCGUGAAAAACAUCCCGCCGUCGGACAUGCUGGAGGUUCGGGCCAAAGUGGCAGCUAUGACGGCUCUGAGCGGAGAGAGAAAAGACUGGGGAGUCAGCCGAGCCUGGGAGAGGGACUACCUGGGAAAUGCCCGAGACUGCCCUCAGACCAGCGCCAGCUUCAUCCGAAUUUCCAAGGAGCUGAAGAACAAAGACGAGUACAGUCAGGUCCUCUUCUCGAGCUUCUGUAGGAAGGUGAACAGGUUCAACAAAAGCACAGACCGAGGCCUGCUCAUCACAGACAAGUACAUCUACAAAUUAGAGCCAAAGAAACAGUAUAAGGUUCUGAAGAAGCUUCCUUUAGACUCAUUUACCGGAGUGAGCGUGACCACCGGGGUCGACCAGAUGGUGGCGUUACACACGUCCUCCCAGGAUGACGUCCUGCUGUGCCUGCAGCGAGGCGAGCUGUGCCCCAACCAGGACAGAGUGGGUGAACUGGUGGGAGCGAUUGUGGACCACUUCACACGGGUGAAAAAAAUCCAGUUUCCUGUGAAGGUUUGCCGCUCAGGUCUGGAGAUUCACAUGCGAGGCAAGCCCAAGAACAUCUCGGUGGAAUCCAAAGCCGGUCAAACCAUCGCCGAUUUCAAGAAGAGUAAAGACGGUUUCAUCCUGCUGGUCCCCGCUAACUAACAGUCCCCCAGUCAAACCAUUAACAGCUACACCUCAUCGAUAUCUAAGGAGAAAAUAUCAGCCACAGACAACCCAGCUGGACUUUAGCAGGAGUUUCUUUUAAUACAUAUAAACAAUUUUGCAGUAUAUGAGGAUUUUGAAGUAGUAAUCUCAGCAGAUUUUCUGGGAGAAUCUGCUUUCUUAAGCGCGCAGAGGAAACUGAAAGCUGAAAUACUUUUAUAUUCAUUUAUAACACAUUUAUAUGUAUCGUACUGUUUAUGCUUUUUUGUAUUUUUAUGGAAUAUAAAGAUGUUUUUUUAAGAUAUGAUUGAAAAAACAGAAACAAAAAGCACUUUUUAUGAUGAUAAAUAUGGACGUGUUUUUGUGUUGUAACACACCGCUGCCUGCAGACUGAGAUAAUUAUGUCAGAAGUAAUAAAAGGGGGGAAGAAAAAAAGACAGCGAGGGAAAAUUAAUUAUUCAACAUUUACUUAAGUUCUCUGUAUGUUAAUGUUUCUCUAAUGUUUUGCCACAUGAACAGAAUGAAUGUCGACUUUAUGCAGUAAUUAAAACCCAUUCAAAUGUUCAGCCUUAAGUGGCUUUAAGGCUUCCCUGCACAAAUAUACUGAAUAUACAGAAUCAGUAAGGACGCUUCUAUCCGUCCUCUGAGCGGCAGCUAUGAGCCCGACGUCCACAGAAAACUGGACCCUGUGACGCAGGAGCUGCUUCCUCUCUCGUCCCCUUUCCUGAUAGUUAGACUGAUAAACACAAACCAGCACUGGAGAGGUAAUUUAAACGAUUUCUGAGGAAUGAGACUGAACAUUCCUUGUUUAUUUAUUGUGCUAUCCGGUUGUGCAGAUAUGUUUCUUUUAUUGUGAAAAAACUCACCAUGAAACCUGCUUUUAUACAAACCUCUUCUAUUGGAGUCUUUUACAGAACUUUAAAUAAAGUACGACAUUAAAUAAAGUGUAAAUUUGUCGUCUCAGGAGAAGCCGCACUAAACUGAAGCCCAGCUUGUUUAUCAUGGUUAAAGCUAACAAAUCAUAGAAAGAAAAACUUGCAAGAAACGUGUGAUUGAGUUGAACCUUGUGUGUUUCUAAUUACAGUGCAGUUGAAAGUCGUGCUACCUUUGCACUGUUCACGUUUUGAGAUUUGUAGAAACAAUAAUUGUGACAAUAAAUGUUUUUUUACAUUUA